CAAGGGGAGCCGAGAGCCAGGCGGCCAGUGCGCGGCGCAGGUUCUGACCCGGGCGGCCGUAGGCGAGUAGCCCUCCCCGCCCCUGUCUCCUGCGGCUGGUGAGGGAACUAUCAGCUGUGCGUUGCUGGGGGACCGAAGAAGCCGGGUUUGCCUCCUCCCGCGUGUGUGGACGACCCCCGGAGCUAGGCGGCGUCCGCGGCGGCAGAGUGUGCAGUUCUAGAGGCUGGGAGGUCCAAGGACCAGGUGCCUGCAGAUCUGCUGUCUGGGAUUUCCUCUGGGUCAUCCACAAUGCUUUUAAAACAUAUCGGAUAAAAGCUGAGCCACCUGCUUGUGUCGGACUGCCAUACUCUGUGCUCCACUGUCUUCUAUGGCAUUUUGACUACAUCAAGGCCAAGGACCUGCCGUUCAUGAUGAGUGAUGAGAAGAGCCUUGGGGUAUCCCCCAAAUUGGCCUCACCUUCAAGGAGCACAAGUAGUUGCUCUUCCAAGCAGGGAAGUCGACAGGACAGCUGGGAAGUGGUGGAAGGACUGAGGGGAGAGAUGAAUUACACCCAGGAGCCACCAAUUCAGAAAGGAUUUUUGCUGAAAAAAAGGAAAUGGCCCUUGAAAGGCUGGCACAAGAGAUUCUUCUAUCUGGACAAAGGAAUCUUGAAAUAUGCCAAGAACCAAAGUGAUAUAGAGAGAGAGAAGCUGCAUGGCUGCAUUGAUGUCGGGCUCUCGGUGAUGUCUGUGAAGAAGUCGUCAAAGUGCAUAGAUCUCGACACCGAGGAGCACAUUUAUCAUCUGAAGGUAAAGUCAGAGGAAGUCUUCGAUGAGUGGGUAUCCAAACUUCGCCACCACAGAAUAUAUCGUCAGAAUGAAAUCGCCAUGUUUCCACACGAAGUUAAUCACUUUUUCCCAGGAUCUGCUGUCACAGACUCUGGUUCUGAGGUCUUGGACACCAUUUCCAGUAGGAAGCAUAGCGGUAUAUCAAAGCAGAAUUCGUUUCAAACCGGAAGCAAUUUAUCAUUUUCUUGUGGUGGUGAGACUCGAGUUCCAUUAUGGUUACAGUCUUCAGAGGACAUGGAAAAAUGCUCUAAAGAACUGGCAAACUGUCAUGACUGCCUGGUGGAGAUGAGCCAGCUUCUGCAAAGUAUGGACGUCCUGCAUCGGACAUAUUCGGCUCCGGCUAUCAAUGUCAUCCAGGGUGGAUCUUUUGAAAGUCCCAAAAAGGAAAAAAGGUCACAUAGGAGAUGGCGGUCCAGAGCUGUUGGCAAAGACGCUAAAGGAACGCUGCAGGUCCCCAAAACUUUUUCUGGCCCAGUAAGACUGCAUUCCUCCAAUCCUAAUUUGUCAACACUAGAUUUUGGAGAAGACAAAAAUUAUUCCGAUGGCUCUGAAACCUCAUCAGAGUUUUCUAAAAUGCAAGAAGAUCUGUGUCAUAUUGCCCAUAAAGUCUACUUCACUUUAAGGUCAGCUUUUAACACCAUAUCAACGGAGAGAGAGAAACUGAAGCAGCUGAUGGAGCAGGAUGUCUCUGUCUCCCCCUCUGCCCAGGUCCUUGGUCUGAAGCACGCCCUGUCAUCUGCCCUAGCACAAAACACAGAUCUUAAAGAACGCUUAUGCAGAAUCCAUGCUGAGUCUCUGCUCCUCGACCGCCCAGUUGCUGCCAAGUCGGGUGAUCGUCUGGCAGAGGAAAACUCCAGAGAUGACAAUCGAACUCUGGUCCAUCAGCUUUCCAACGAAAGCAGGCUCUCCAUCACUGACUCUCUUUCAGAGUUUUUUGAUGCACAGGAAGUUCUGUUGUCUCCAAGCUCUUCAGAAAAUGAGAUGUCUGAAGAUGAUUCAUAUGUCAGUGACAUAAGUGACAACCUUUCCUUAGAUAAUCUCAGUAAUGAUUUAGAUAAUGAGAGACAGACGUUGGAGCCUGUUCUCCAAAGUGUAGGGGAAGUCAAGUCCAAAAGAAGAACGUGCUUGCCGGCCCCGUGCCCCAAGUCCGGUAACGUCAGCUUGUGGAACAUCCUGAGAACGAACAUCGGGAAGGACCUGUCUAAGGUGGCCAUGCCGGUGGAACUCAAUGAGCCCCUCAACACGCUGCAGAGGCUGUGUGAGGAGCUGGAGUACAGCGAGCUCCUGGACAAGGCUGCCCAGACGCCCAGUGCCCUGGAGAGGAUGGUGUACGUGGCAGCCUUCGCCGUGUCCGCAUAUGCAUCUAGCUACUUCCGCGCUGGGAGCAAGCCAUUUAAUCCAGUUCUUGGAGAAACAUAUGAGUGUAUUCGUGAGGACAAGGGCUUCCAGUUUUUUUCAGAACAGGUCAGCCACCAUCCACCUAUUUCUGCAUGUCACGCUGAGUCUGGAAAUUUUGUUUUCUGGCAAGACAUGAGAUGGAAGAACAAAUUCUGGGGCAAAUCCAUGGAAAUUGUUCCCAUUGGCACAACCCAUGUGACUCUGCCAGCUUUUGGAGAUCAUUUUGAGUGGAACAAAGUGACCUCUUGCAUCCAUAACAUCUUAAGUGGGCAGAGGUGGAUCGAGCACUAUGGAGAGAUUGUUAUCAAGAACGUGAAUGAUGAUUCCUGCCACUGCAAAGUGAACUUUAUAAAGGCAAAAUACUGGAGCACUAAUGCCCAUGAGAUUGAAGGUACAGUAUUUGACAAGAGUGGAAAAGCAGUGCAUCGGCUAUUUGGGAAAUGGCAUGAGAGCAUCUACUGCGGUGGUUCUUCCUCAUCCACUUGUAUCUGGAGAGCGAAUCCCAUGCCAAAAGGCUAUGAGCAAUAUUAUGGCUUCACACAGUUUGCACUGGAAUUAAACGAAAUGGAUCCAUUGUUAAAGUCUUUAUUACCACCUACUGACACUCGAUUCAGGCCAGACCAAAGGUUUCUAGAAGAAGGGAGCUUAGAAGAGGCCGAAAUACAAAAGCAGAGGAUUGAACAGCUGCAGAGAGAAAGGCGGCGGGUCUUGGAAGAAAAUAAGGUGGAGCACCAGCCGCGGUUUUUCAGGAAAUCCAGCGAUGACUCUUGGGUGAGCAGUGGCACCUAUUUGGAACUUAGGAAAGAUCUUGGUUUUUCCAAACUGGACCAUCCUGUCUUGUGGUAAAAGAGGAAAGAGCGAUACAUCUUUGUACUUCUCCCGUGUUUGCUUUCUGAAGCCACAAACCUGUGUCUGUAUAUUUAAACAACAUCACCUAGAACAAUCACUUGUGCUUCCUGGCUUAGUGUUGUAUUUAAGUAUAUAUUUUCUUCAGUAGGUUUCUUUACAAUUUCAAAUGUUAUCACAACUGUUUAUAUGAAUGUAGAACACCUUGAGAUUUCUUUUUAUAUAUAAACUAUUUAAUAAAAAUGAAAGAUUGAAUGUUAACAUGUGGGUUAAAAAAGAAGCUUUAACACUAAUUUUCCAAAGGUUAG